AUGAAUUUAACAAAUUCUUCCCCAUUUUCUUCAUCAUCUUCAAAAAAUACUUCGAAUACUCAACUACAGAAAAAUCAACAACAACAACAACAACCAUCAACUAUUCAUUCAAUCCCUCAACACUCAUCAGCAGCAGCUGUAUUAGUUCGGCAUACUUUGGACAGUGCUAGUGCUUUACAACAAACGUUGGAUAGACGAAAAACUUUCAGAUGCCGUGGAUCUUUGGGCCCUACUGUAGCUUCAGCUCCAUCAGUAGAACACGAAGACUACAGAACUCCAAAACCUUCAGUUGUCUCUCCUAUGGGUGGGAAAAGCUUUGAUUUUGGGGAAAGAGAGGGAGCUGCAGGUGUCAACUUUUCGGACUCUAAUGGGCUCAUUAAGGCAAACUUUCUCCGUUUAAAUGGGUCCAGGCAACAAUUUCGUUCUUUACUUAGCCGGAAAAAGCUUGGCCAAAUGCCUCCAGCUUAUACACAAAUUGAUUGUAGCUACGAGUCUUUUGAUUCUAAUCAAACAGGAACAGGCCGUACAACAACAAAUAUACAACAUCCAUUAAUUAAAGUAGAAGAUGCUGGAGAAACAACAUCAACAUUACCAACAAAAACAAUUCUACCACCAAAAAAUGAAUUACAAAUUUCCCCUUCAACAAUAAUUUUAAUUGAUUCACAAAAUUCUUCAAUUGAUAAAAAUGUUGUAGAAAAUGGGGGUGGAGGAAAUAAUAAUAUAUUAUUAAUUAAUAAUAGUGGAGGAUAUAAUCAACAACAACCUUCUUCAAAUCAUAUUAAUAAUAGAAUAGCACAAUCUGGGGCUUGUUUAAAGAGAAAUGGAAGCAGAUAUGAUGGUUCAGCAGUUAAAAUGGUCUACAAAAUUCGUUCUCAAAGGCUUGCAGAUCGUGUUCAUAUAUCUGAUAGAUGCCUUAUUCUAGCAAUGCUUGGUAUUCUUUUAAUGAUUGUGGAUACAGAAUUGUGUGGUCAAAAUGCUUUUGGUAUUCACAAGGAUCAUGUAGCCUCUUUACUUAUAAGAACAUUACUUUUAUUUUCAACAAUAGCACUUUUAUGUGAAAUUAUUCAUUAUCAUUAUAAUGAAAUACAGUUGGAUCUAGUAGAUUGUGGGGCAGAUGAUUGGAGAGUGGUUCUUUCUUGGAGAAGAAUUUGGCAUUUUUCGACAGAAUUUUUUCUUUGUUCUAUUAUUCCUCUUCCCGGAACAGGCUCUCUAAAUUGGUCAUUUAUUGAACCUCCACGUUCUUGGGCUCAUGGUCACGAAAGACAUAUGUUACAUAUAAAAGAAGUGCCUGUAGAUGUUUUACUUUCUCUUUUAAUGCUUUCAAGGCUUUAUUUAGUUGGUAGAUGGCAAGUAUUGCAUUCGAAACAAUUUCAGGAUGCAUCUACCCGUACUUUGGCAGCUCUUAAUCGAAUACAAGUCAAUUUUGCUUUUGUAAUUAAAACAGUUCUCGAUCAACACCCAAUGCUUUUCCUUUCAAUUUUUCUAUUAAUUUUUUGGUUAAUUACUGCCUGGUCCUUUGCUCAAUGUGAACGUUUUGGACGAGAGGAAGGCUCCUUUCUUUUAUAUAUUAAUUCAUUAUGGUUUAUUGCUAUUACUUUUAAUGGCAACGGCUAUGGAGAUAUUGUACCAAAAACACUAGCAGGACGAACAAUAGCAAUUCUUGUUGGAAUUAGUGGUGCAGUAAUCUCUUCAAUCCUUAUCGCAGUCAUUUCACGAAAAAUUCUUUUAUCUCAAGGACAAAAAAAUGUUAACAAUUUUAUGAACGAUAGCCGUCUAACUUUAUCACAUAAACAUGCUGCUGCAAGAGUUUUACAAAAAACAUGGCUUAUUUAUAGAUGUUUAAAAGCUAAUGAUGAUACUCCAGAUAAUUUAUUGAGACGGCAUCAAAGGAAAUUUUUAAAUGCAAUUCAUCAUUUUCGUCGAAUAAAAAAUAAAAUUCGUGCCUUUGGCGAGAAUAGUACAACAUCUAUGCAUCAACUAAACAGGUUAAUGAGCGAAAUGCAUUCACAAACACAAAAAAUGGCUUUGGCACAAGAAGAAAUGCGGCAACAAUUAGAAUUAUUACAAAGAACAAUGUUAGCAUAUUAUCAACGUGAUCCAUCAAUUAAUACAAAUAUGGAAUUACAACAACAACAAACACCAAAUUAA